AUGAAGUGGAGCGUCCGCGGGGCCUGCGCCGCGCUCUCCUCCUGCCUCCUGCUCGCCUGCGCGCUCAGCGCCGCCGCCGUCGGCCUCAAGUGCUUCUCGCUGGGCUCGGAGCUGCGCGGGGAGCCGUUCCGGCUGGGGGCGGCCGCCGGCGCCUUCUACUCGGGGCUGCUGCUGGCCGCCGGCCUUUCGCUGCUCGGCGCCGCCCUGCUCUGCUGCGGGCCCCGGGACGCGCCGCUCGCGGGGUCGGGCCCGGGCCCGGGGCUCGGGGUCCCCGCGGCCGCGGCGGGGGCUCCCGAGGCCGCGCCGGGAGAGCCGGGGGCCGCGGCCGGGCCCUCGGGGCCGGGGAGCAGCCAGAACCUGCUGCUGCUCGGCGUCCUCGUCUUCAUGCUCGGGGUCCUCAGCGCCUUCGCGGGCGCCGUGAUCGACGGCGACACCGUGUCCCUCGUGGAGCGCAAGUACUCCCACUACUGCCUGCCCCCGCGCGCGCCGGCCCCCGGCCCCGCCGCCGCCGCCGCCGCCGCCGCCCCCGGCCCGGCCCCCGGCGCGCCGCGCGCCCGCAGCACCCUGGACAGCGCCACGUCGGCCAAGUGCCGCCAGCUCAAGGACUACCAGCGCGGCCUGGUGCUCUCCACCGUCUUCAACUCGCUCGAGUGCCUGCUGGGCCUGCUCAGCCUCCUGCUCGUCAAGAACUACCGCGCGUCGCAGGCGCGGCGCGGCCGGCGCGGCCGGCGGAGGGCGGCCCGGGCCCUGGCGCGGCCCCGCGGCGGCCCCGGGCUCCGCGCGCAGCCGCCAGCCUCCCGGGCGCGGCGGGGCCGGCGGGGCCGGCGCGGUCGGCGGCUGCAGCCGCGGCCGAGCGACGCUUCCAUCCUGUCCCCGGAGGACUCGGACGUGGCCGCCCCGGGGGACUGCGCUGGCUUCGGGGCGCACCACGCAGUCUCCUACAUCAACGUGGGCGUCUUCCACGCGCUCGACGAGGCGGGUGUGGAGGUGUGCUGCGGAGGGCACCCGUCGGUGGAGCUGCCGGGGUACGCGCCCUCGGACCCCGACCUCAACGCCUCCUACCCCUACUGCUGCCGGCAGCCCUGCGAGGCCGCGCGCCCCUGGGAGCCGAGCCGGGCCUGCUGA